CUGAAAAUGAGAGCACACCAAUCCAGCAAUUACUAGAACACUUCCUUCGCCAGCUUCAAAGGAAAGAUCCUCAUGGGUUUUUUGCUUUUCCAGUCACGGAUGCCAUUGCUCCUGGAUAUUCUAUGAUAAUAAAGCACCCCAUGGAUUUUGGUACAAUGAAGGAAAAAAUUGCAGCAAAUGAAUACAAAUCAGUCACUGAAUUCAAGGCAGAUUUUAAACUGAUGUGUGAUAAUGCAAUGACUUACAACAGACCAGAUACUGUUUACUACAAACUAGCCAAGAAGAUACUGCACACAGGCUUUAAGAUGAUGAGCAAAGAACGGCUGUUAGCUUUGAAGCGCAGCAUGUCGUUUAUGCAGGACAUGGAUUUUUCUCAGCAGGCAGCUCUUUUGGGUGAUGAAGACACAGCAGUUGAGGAACCUGUCCCUGAAGUUGUUCCUGUACAAGCAGAGACUACCAAGAAAUCCAAAAAGCAAAAUAAAGAAGUUAUUAGUUGCAUAUUUGAACCUGAGGGAAAUGCGUGCAGCCUGACAGAUAGCACUGCUGAAGAACAUGUCCUGGCACUAGUGGAACAUGCAGCAGAUGAAGCUCGGGAUAGGAUCAAUCGCUACCUACCCAACAGCAAGAUUGGUUAUCUAAAAAAAAAUGGAGAUGGAACUUUAUUAUUUAACGUAGUAAAUUCAUCUGAUCCAGAAGCAGAAGAGGAAGAGACUCACCCAGUGGAUCUGAGUUCACUGUCAAGCAAAUUAUUACCUGGCUUCACUACGCUGGGAUUUAAAGAUGAACGAAGAAAUAAAGUAACCUUUCUUACAAGUGCUAGUACAGCACCUUCCAUGCAAAACAACUCUAUAUUUCAUGAUUUGAAAUCAGAUGAAAUGGAGCUCCUGUAUUCAGCAUAUGGUGAUGAAACAGGGAUACAGUGUGCCUUAAGCUUACAAGAAUUUGUGAAGGAUGCUGGAAAUUACAGCAAGAAAAUAGUAGAUGAUCUUCUGGACCAGAUCACUAGUGGAGAUCAUUCCAAAACUAUUUAUCAGCUAAAGCAGAGGCGAAACAUCCCAGUAAAACCACUGGAUGAAGUUAAAGUUCUGCCAGUUCUCAUAAAAGAAGAACACAAGUUACGUAAUACCUGUCCAGAUUCUUCCAAACAGAUUAUGGUUGGAGAAUCUGCUGGAGACAGUAACAGUUCUGACUUGGACUUUCUCUCUAUGAAACCAUACUCAGAUGUCUCUCUUGACAUUUCUAUGUUAAGUUCAUUAGGGAAAGUGAAGAAGGAGCUUGAUCAUGACGAUAACCAUUUACAUCUGGAUGAAACAACUAAGCUGCUGCAGGACCUUCAUGAGGCUCAGGCUGACAGAGUGGGAUCCCGGCCAUCAUCAAAUUUGAGUUCCCUCUCCAAUACCUCUGAAAGAGACCAACAUCAUCUUGGAAGCCCCUCUCAUCUGAGUGUUGGAGAGCAGCAAGACAUGGUUCAUGAUCCCUAUGAAUUUCUUCAGUCUCCAGAAACCUCAAAUGCCACUACUAACUAAUCUGACAUGUACUAUAUGUAUUUUGUAUUUUAAUUGUAUUAUGUUUUUAUAAAGUUUUUGU